AGUUUUUGGUCACUGGAGUAGAUUGAGAGAGAACUCGGAGAAGCUCGGUUAUGCAGCAACCGCAGUCAUCGGCGCCGGCGCCGGCGCCGUCGCAAGAUCAAAGGCUGAAUUCCAGCGGCGGUGAUGGGGAAGAAGCAGCGGAGGCGCCGCCCAAGCAGGUGGCGCUGGCCAUGGACCGGCUGUCGCGCGCCGCGCGGCUGAUUGCAGACGUCCGGCUCGGCGCCGACCAUCUUCUCGAGGCCCUCUUUCUUGCUGCCGCCGAUGCCCCCCGGCACCAGUGCAACAAGGCGGUGCAGCUCAUUGUCAAGGAGGAGACCUCCAUGCGCAAUCACUUUAACGAACUCCGUGCCCUAGGGAAGCAAUUGGAGGAAUCUGGGGUUUUGAAUGGAUCUUUGAAAUCUCGGGGGAAUUCAUGGGGUUUGCAUAUGCCUCUGGUUUGCCCGGAUGGUGCUGUUGUUGCUUAUGCUUGGAAACGGCAGCUCGCAGGCCAAGCCGGCGCAUCGGCUGUGGACAGGACUAGAUUAGCUCUAAAGGCAUUUACUGAUCAAAAGAGGCGGUUUUUUCCUCACCUUGAAGAGGAACCCUUGGGGCAAGCUUGUGAUGGGGAUGUUGGAGUUGCCAAGAAGCAUUGUGGUUCUCGACAAUUGUCCAUGUUUCACAGAGAGGAACAUAGUGAAGAAAAGAAGUUGUCUGAUAUCUUGAUGAAUGCGGAACAUGAAGUACCCAACAUGAGAAUCUUCACAUACCAGCGCCUUGAUUGGUUGAAAAGAGCUUCCUCAUUGUCUUCUUCUGCAAAUGAUAAUUCACUGGACCCAUCGAAGGAACAGAAUGUUGUUAAUCAUGCAAAACUAAGAUCAGGUUCACUAAUUGCUGCAACUGCAGAUCAGAUUGCUGUCAUUGAGAUGUUAGUGCCUUCUGUUUUUAGGGCAGUUGUGUCAUUGCAUCCAGCUGGAUCUACAAACCCUGAUGCAGUUGCAUUCUUCUCUCCUGAUGAGGGAGGUGAUUAUGUUCACGCUAGAGGUUCCUCUGUUCAUCAUGUUUUCAGGCAUAUUACGGAAUAUGCUGAUAAGGCGUUGCAGCAUUUUAAUAGUGUGGAAACUAAUACGUCAUUUCCUUUGCUUUUGCAUUGGAUCUACAAUUAUCAAACACUGUUUUCCAAGAAUUGCAGUAAAUGUGGGCGCCUUCUAAUGAUGGAUAAGUCCUUAGCUUUGCUCAUGCCUCCUGUGUACCGUCCCUAUCGGCAAAUUGCUACUGCCAACUUUAACUCAGUUCAAUCAACAAUAUCAGCUACAGAUCAUACAGAGCUCAAUACUGCAUUUCAUAUUGGAUGUUAUUCUGAAGAAGGAUAGUAAUGCUGGUCUGAUGCCUCAACUUUUCUGCUCAACUGACUACAUGUGGUUAUUGAUAGUUUCUAUUGCCCUAGUAAGCAUCCUUUGUUUUGUUGAAUUUAUAUUAAAUUUUGUAAGCCAAUCCUUCAGGCUAAGUGUUAAAAAUGGUUCAAAAAUACGUGUACACUUCUGCUAGUUCUCUUGCACCAGUUUCUGUUGCACCAGUUUCUGUCAUGCUGACAAAACAUUUUGAGGUCAAGUAUUACUGGUGGACAAAAUUUUUGUCAUGUUGGUUUCAUCGUAUAUAAUGUGAAAUUUCCUCACUUACACUCUUUCAGAAAUUGCUGGUUGCCAACUCAUGAUGUAUGAUAUUCCAUGUCUGGGAUUGAAUUAUCUUGGUUUGUGGAAGUAGUUUGGUUUUUUGUGUAUUCACCUACAAUGGGCUUUUUUUAAAAGAAUUUGUUUUCUGUUCUUUCAGGGCUUGUUGUAGUGAUCAGUUUGAAUUAUAAUUAUGACUCAAUAGUUUACACAAAAUGAGAGUCCCCCUCUCAUCCCAACUUUGUUCCAAUUUUUCCAAUAGUAGUCUUUGAUGGAAUCAAAGUCUUGUGAAUUGAAUUUCUCACAAUGUGUUCAAUGUUCCCCACUCCAUGCUUGUUUGCUAAUCAGUGUAUUCCAUGAAUUUGGAUGUCAGGUGCUCCUGAAAGGAAGAAUAUGAGUCCACAAUUGUGAGGUUUUUUUUUUUAAUUAAGAUUGAUGGCUUAAAUAAAUGAUCCUUUUAAUAUAUUGGUUGUCUGGAUUCACCGGCAAUGAUAGGUUUUUGGCAAGAGAUCCUUUGAUUUAUUUUUGUAUCAGGAAAAAGAACGAUAAGAAAUUUCUCUCCUUUGCUUCAACCGUGUUGUUUGGCAACUUUGGACAAAAGAAGGGAUUCAGCUUGCAACCUAAUAAUUACUUCUGAAGAACCACGGUUUGGAUGGAUUUUAAAUACUCCAGAAGAGUUCGGGGUUUUUUUGUAAUAAAUUCUAAUUUAUUCUGGAUAAGUUGCAAAGUUUUGUGUGCAAUGUUACUGCUAUCUGAUAAAUGCAUCAUCCUUCUAUGA